AACUUCAAAUUUGUGGGUUUCUACUAAAUAUAAUGUUGACAAUUGGGUUGGUCUUGGUAGCUCUCUUGGUUAUUUACGUCACCUAUUGGGUUAACAAAUGGAGGAACCCAAAAUGCACUGGUGUUCUGCCUCCAGGUUCCAUGGGAUUUCCUCUCAUUGGAGAGUCCCUUCAGUUACUAAUUCCCAGCUACUCUUUUGAUCUCCAUCCUUUCAUCAAGAAGAGAAUCCAGAGAUAUGGACCCAUAUUUCGAAGUAAUGUGGCAGGUCGACCCAUUGUAUUCUCAGCUGAUCCUGAACUCAAUCAUUACAUCUUAAGUCAAGAAAGAAGAUCAGUGGAAUUGUGGUACUUGGACGCAUUUUCUAACCUUUUUGUGCUGGAGGGUGAAUCAAGAACUAGUGGAGCCACUGCUUCUAUUCACAAGUAUAUACGAAGCCUUUUCUUGACUCAUUUUGGCUCUGAGAGGCUCAAGGGAAAAUUGCUUCCUCUGAUAGAAGAUCUAAUUCGCACAAAUCUACGCUCAUGGUCGAGUCAAGCAACAAUCGAAGUGAAACAUUGUGCUUCAGCUUUAGUCUGUGAUUUUACAGCCAAGCUUCUCUUUGGCUAUGAUGCUGAAAAAUCCUCGUUUAAGAUGAGUGAAAAAUUUGAAAGAUUUGCAGAAAGUUUUGCUGCAUUCCCCUUCAACAUUCCUGGCACUGCAUACCACCGAAGUAUAGAGAACCGAAAGAAGUUGACGACAUUUCUGGAGCGUGUGCUAAGAGAAAGAAAGAGCUCUGCUGAGAAGAGUGAAGAAGAUAUCCUGAAUCAAACCUUGGAUGAUAUGGAAAAAGAGGAAUUCAUUACAGAUGAGUUCAUAAUUCAGAUUCUUUUUGGGGGUCUUUUCGCCAUCGCCGAGUCAAUUCCGAUAACUAUAACAUUACUUUUCAAGUUCCUUUCAGCCCACCCUUCAGUAUUAGAAGAAUUGACGAAUGAACAAGAGAAAAUUCUCAAAAACAGGAAGGGUUCAGAUUCCCCAUCAAUUACAUGGGACGACUACAAAUCAAUGACUUUUACGAUUCAGGUCAUCAAUGAAACUCUUAGGAUGGGAAAUAUUGCUCCUGGAUUGUUGCGAAGAACAAUAAGAGAUGUUCAUUAUAAAGGAUAUACAAUUCCUGCUAGUUGGACAAUAAUGCUUCUCACUUCUGCCAGCAAUUUGAAUCCUGAGCUAUACAAGGAUCCACUUGAGUUUAAUCCAUGGCGCUGGAAGGACUUGGACUCGCAAACUAUAUCCAAGAGUUUCACACCUUUUGGUGGAGGAACAAGGCAGUGUGCUGGGGCAGAUUUCAGUAGGGUGUUCAUUUCCAUAUUCCUCCAUGUGUUGGUCACCAAAUACAGGUGGACAAAUAUAAAGGAAGGAAAGAUAUCUCGAAGUCCUAUGUUACGAAUUAGAGAUGAUAUCCACAUCAAGUUAUUUGAGAAGGAUUGACAAAACAAAAGGCAUCUGCAUCUAACACCAAUUGCUUGGAUACAUAUACAUGUUAAUUUCAUGUGUUUAAAUAUUAUCUUCAAUAAUCUUUCUUUCAUGUUUGAUCCAAGUUUGUGAACCUUCUAUUUGUUGAAGAGCAGAAACCUAACUAGUGCUUUAUGUGUAGCUUUCAUACCAUCAUGUAAGAUUUUAUUUUAUUUUUU